CCCCUACGGAAGGCGCUACGUUUAUGCAUGGACAUUGAACUCGAUAUAUUUUUUUUAAUUCGACGUUAACUAAUCUUUGUGAGGCUGCCUUAUAGUGGAUGCUAGCUUUGUCAAGUUGCUUCACUGUAGUAUAUUUGUGUAUUUCAUUAACCAUUAGCUAGUUUUUAUUGAAACUAUCUCUUGAAGAACUAAGUUCUUAAUAAGAAAGCAUAGAGUGACUGGCUAGCUAGCUUAGCUUUCUUACUACCUGUGCGAGACAUGCCACCUAAGAGAAGAGCACGAACGGCGCACAGACCCAGUAAAGCCCCCGAAACGUCUUCUGAUGGUGGUGUGGCUCGAGAUGUCACCCGCAAAAGAAAGAGAGGAGAAGUCGAGGAUCAGAACAACACUGGUGACCGUUCAUCAGGAGCAACCAUAUACAGUCACUGGCUAAUGAAGUCCGAGCCCGAGAGUCGGACUGAGAACGGGGUAGAUGUGAAGUUUGGCAUCGAAGACCUCAAAGCUCUUCCCAAUCAAACUGGGUGCUGGGAUGGAGUGAGAAACUACCAGGCACGUAACUUCCUGAGGGAGAUGAAGGUGGCGCACCAGGCUUUCUUCUACCAUAGUAACUGUAAAACUCCUGGCAUAGCUGGACUAAUAAAGAUUGUGAAGGAGGCCUAUGUUGACCAUACACAGUUUGACAAGAAAGAUGCGCAUUACGAUCCAUCCAGCAAACCAGAAAACCCUAAGUGGAGCAUGGUGGAUGUCAAGUUUGAGAGGAUGACUAGGCGUUUUAUUCCACUGUCCGAGCUGAAGAAAUAUCAUUUGAAGCACAAGAACACAGGCGGCCCCCUCAGGAACAUGGCCCUGUUCACCAGGUCCAGGCUGUCAGUGCAGCCCUUAACUCCUGAGGAAUUCGACUUUGUCUUGAGUUUGGAAGACACAGACCCGAUAUGACAAGGACAACGUCUGGGGAAAGAUCUUUAGGAAAAUGUCACAAGUUUCUGCAAGAUUGCUGCUCUUUACGCAGCUGCCCAAACACUUAACUACAUCUCCCUGUGUUCUGUUACCACAUGUGUCACUACUAAAUUAUGUUAACACAUCAGACUUAAUGUUAUGUGAAAAAUACUGUACAUAAACAUUUUUGGAAAUAAAAAUAUUAAAUGCCAGUAAA